AUUAUUUUACUGACUUGUAGCAAAAUACCCAUCACAUCGUUUGUUACCAGUGUGCCAACUGCAUCCAAGUUAAUACUCAGACAGUACUGCAAUGGUGCAAAAAAUAAUUUAUGUCCCCGUACUUGUAACACUUUUUUCCUACGUUCUCGUACAAUUUUCUUAUAAGUUUACAUUGAAACAUCCCUAUGCAGAUCUAAAUGUCGAAGAGCUUAUCACCAAAUACGAAUAUCCGGUUCAAGUUCACCAUGUCACCACCGAAGACGGAUACAUACUAACUCUCCAGAGAAUCCCCCAUGGACGAAAAAGUGGCCCCCCGCAAAACGGUCCAGUUUUGCUGGUACCCGGUCUCCUACAAAGUGCUUGGGAUUUCGUCCACUACGGACCCAACCACUCUCUACCGUUCCUCUUGACCGAAAAAGGGUACGACGUUUGGCUGGGAAACGUUCGAGGUACCACCUGGUCCAGAAAGCACAAAACCCUAGACCCCGACAAAGAUGCGGCCUAUUGGAACUACACAAUUGAAGAAAUUGCCAUCCACGACCUACCCACCAUCAUCGACUAUAUUUUGGAAACCACGGGACGAAAUUCGCUUCAUUACGUCGGGUUUUCGCAAGGGACGAGUGCGUUUUUCAUGAUGGGGAGUCUAAGGAGUGAGUACCUUAGCAAGAUUAAGCUAAUGACGGCCUUCGGGCCUGCCGUGUUUAUGAAAAAUCCGAGAAGUCCGGUUGUGAAAUUUAUAGCAAACAACUGGAGAACUGGAGAGAUUCUGUAUAGCUUUUUUAAACGUCACGAGUUAUUUGGAAGAAGCGACCCAGUCGUGUGGUACUUGAAGUACAUCUGCAACGACGAAAAUUCGUUUUUGAUGAAUUUGUGCAUACACCACUUUUUUAUUUUUGCUGGAGACAACUACGACGAGCUAGACACGAGUAUGGUACCUCUAACCACUUCCAAUUACCCCUGUGGAGCGUCAUUGCGCCAAAUCGUACACAUGUACCAAAUGAUAAAUUCUGGUAAUUUCUGCAAAUAUGAUUUUGGAUCUCGGAAUUUGGAAGUGUAUGGUCAAGAAUAUCCACCGCACUAUGACUUAUCUAAAGUGAAAGUACCAGUUGCUCUCUAUUAUUCUAGUAAUGACUGGAUCGUCGACACACCGAACAUAGACCGACUUAUACAGUCGCUCCCCAAUGUGGUGAAAAGCUACAAAGUACCUUUGGAGAAGUUUAGCCAUAGCGACUUUCUCUACGCCAAAAAUGUUGCCAAUCUUCUGUACAAUAUUGUCAUCGACGACAUUUCAAAAUACUGAACUGUUUAAAAAUUGUAAAAAGUGUAAAUAUAUUCUAGUCAGAGUA